AUUUUAAUUAUUUCUUACGCAAUAAUAAUGUCUAAAACGGUGCUUGUUUCAGAUAUUAAAGAAUUUGCUAUAUGUCUGGGCAAAUUUAAUAAACCGGUUACAAUUGAAGAAAUUCUCAAAGCUUGCAAUAUAAUCAUGAAGAAUAUACCCACGAAUCAAAGUCAAAUAAAGGGACAAUUAGAAAGUAUCCUGGAGACGGGGGUGAAGCUAGGAUAUUUAAAGAAAUGCAAUGAUCACUACAGUGCAUCCACACUUGUCGACGAUGAGGUCGUCACACUUGUCGACGAUGAGGUGGUUACGUUGAAUUAUAAUCUCGAUCCGCAAUUACGGGAUAUUACUCCUGACGAAGUUCUUCGAAUGCUUUUGCCUGAACCACCGAUAAAUAGUGACGAUGAUAGCAGUGACGAUGAGGCUAACGAUAACACCGCGGUGUAACAUACCAAUAAUCAAUGCCAACGACAAAUUCCAUUUUUUUAAAGGACCAUAAUACCGUUUUUUAACUGAUUAUGUCCACAGUGGCUAAUGGCUCUAGAAGACCAGCGUGUCUCCCACGCGUUGUUUUAGAACCUGUACGCUCCACUGUCAAAAAUCACUUAGCAGGCGACAAUUCAAUGGAAUGUGCAUUUAAAUCAAAUUAACUGUAAUAUAAUGAAAAUUAAAUUACAUUUUAUAUCCACAAUAUGAGGGCAAUCAAUUCAUUUG